UCUUCUUCACUUCCUCUCUCCGGCCCCCGCCGCCUCUAGGCUCUUAUGCUGCGGCAAAAUCCCUUUCCUUCGAUCGGUAUCUUUGAAGCGAGUUCGUCUUGGGUGUCUCUGUUUCGGAUUUCUUCUCUGUAGCUGUGCUGGAGAGGAACGAACGCCGGCCGUAAGACAUUCCUUGGAUGCUAGCAUUUUGAACCAUGGUUUUCCUUUGACACCAAUCAAAAGUAAUUCAGGUAAACUUAAAUCACCCAAAGCUACAUGGAGAAUCAAAGGCAACAUAGCAGCUCUUUUGGCCCAAAGUUGCGCAUGUCAACCAAAUCAAAAGCGGCAAACGGGUCUAUGAGACGCAAGCCUAGGUUUAAUUCUAAGCGCAUGAACAAUAUCAUCAAAGACAUGGAGAGACGCAAGGCUUAUAUGCCUAACAUGAGAAAGAUGAAUGCUAGAAGUGGUGUUGGUGUUAAAGAUAAUGCUCAUAUCCAUAGUGGCAAGAAACCAUGUGGGAGUGAUAAGAAAGAUCAAGAUGGUAUCAACAGGAUAGCAGAAGUCAAUAUACUACCUCAGAAGGAUAGCAGAGCUGGACAAUCUUCUGAUGUGUUGCCAUUGAAGAAUGGUGCUAGCAAAUCAAAGCAAUCAUUAUCACAUAUCUCAAAGAAUGCAAGGCAAUCUCCUACCUCAAGGUUAGACAAUGAUUUGAUUCCUUUGAUGGAUAUCAAGUCAUCUCAUCCAUUGAGAGUUGAGAAUGUACUCCCUUCGAUUUGUUCGAAGGAAUUGGAGAAUCCAACCCCCUUCCACUCGAAAGAUGGAUCAAACGCCACGAAAGAUGGAUCAAACACCAAUUUGGGACUCCGGAAGCAAUCUCACUCUGGAACUUCACAUCAUGUUGAUGUGGAGUUAAUGGCCAAGUCGGCUCACCAGGCAAGGAAUGCUGAUUUGGAGUUAAUGGCCAAGUCAGCUCACCAGGCAAGGAAUGUUGAUUUGGAGUUAAUGGCCAAGUCGGCUCACCAAGCAAGGAAUGUCUAUGCAUCAAGCAGUGAUGAUGAUACCUUGGGUCCAAAGUCAAAUGGCGGACAAGAAAGCAAUGUUAGAAAGGACUCCAAGGAAAUCUCAAGACCCUUAAAGUGCAAAAGAGUCUCAAGAGGUUCAAAUAUCCCAUUUGCAAGUGAAACCCUUAAGGCAUCGUGCAAAGAUAAGAAUUGUGCAAUAGUUUCUUCCAAGGAUGUUGCCCAAAGUGAGUUUACAAAAACAUGCUUGCAUAAGAAGGAUCAACCAUCUGGAUAUGUUGGCAAAAACAAUGAUGUCAAUUCAAAGAGGAAGAAGGUAGAAGGAAGACUUACGACAUGUGACAACGAUGAUUAUACAAGGGUUGUACAACAAGAUAAUUUGACUUGUGGGACGAUAAAGAGAAGGAGAUGCAUGGCACCAAAUGAAGUUGGAGAUGAAGUUGAUGGUUGUAAUAAGAAUCUGAUGGGUGUUGAUAGUACCAUUACAUUGACACCACAAGAAGCUCUUUUGAAGAAGCAACAAUGCAAUUAUUGCUCGAAACCUAUCUGCGAACCUUCUUGGAAGGGAAUCUUUAAGAUAGAUGGUAAGGAAUACAUAUCACUUGCGGGACAUUUAUCAACCAAAUCAUGCGAGAAGGUGUGGGAAUUAUCAAAAUCAUUGCCUCCAGUGGUUGAAGUGGAACGCGUUUCGAGAUUGGUUGCCUGGCCUAGUGUAUGGAAGGCAUCAAAACCUAGCAGUGACAACAUUGGCUUGUAUUUCCUCCAUGAAAAUAUGAGGAACGUUGAAGAACUAGAUCAACUUGUUAAGGAAGUCGUGGAGAAUGAUUUGCUCUUGCGGGCUGUUGUCAAUGAAGCUGAGAUGCUUAUAUUUCCUUCUGUUCUACUGCCCAAACGAUACCAGACGUUUCAAGCCAAAUACUACUUAUGGGCAGUGUUCAAACCCAGGGAAGAUAAAGGUGAUGUACUUGCAGAACCGCUAAAUGGUACUGGGCAUCGUGCACAGGCAACAUGUUUGAAACCAGCAAUCUGAGGUAUAAUGUAAGAACCAGGUCAAGAAAUGAUUGUGAUGACCUCAGCCUUGAGGAGCUUCUGGUGUAGCAGCAGGAAAAGUACUAGACUUUUGAGAUGUAAAAUAAGGGAGUGGACUUUUGUCAGCUUGUAUGUAUGCACCUUCUGUGCGUGUCUGAAGGAUCUCUGCUUGUAAAGUUUAGGUGUUUGUAUCGCUGCUGUUAGCGUUGCCUAGUGUAGCUUAAUGCAGGUUUGGCCUUAAAUAUCUCUACUAUGUAUGGCAAGUCAGUGCACUGGUUUUCUGA